ACGUUCCUGCCGGGGUCUUGGGCUUGAAGAAGCGUCGGCGCCGGGGUUGCUGUCGCUCUCCCCGCGGACCCGAGCUUCGGUGAGGUGCCGGGAGCCCCCGGGGCCUGAGGGGAGGAUGGCGCUGUCGGCCACAGUCUCUCAGAGGAAGCGGGUGAAGCGGAAGGCUCCCCGCGGCUUCCUUAAGCGUCUCUUCAAGCGACAGAAGCCUCACCUUCGCCUGGAGACAAGUUGCGACUUGCUGGUGCACCUGAACUGUUUACUGUUUAUUCGUCGGUUAGCAGAAGAGACCAGGACAGAUGCUUGUAAGAAUAAGUGUGGAAUCAUUAAAGACCAACAUGUGCUGGCUGCAGCAAAGGUAAUGCUAAAGAAGAGCAGAGGGUAGAAGUCAAAGAACACAUUUUUGAAAAUUAUGAUGAAUUUUUUUAUUUUCAUAUAGGUGGUAACAGAUCGUAAAAGCACUUUUACAUAUGAGUUAAUAUUGUAUAUUAUUAAAAUAUUGGCUGCUUGAG